AUGAAUGCAUACGAUAUUGAUGUGUCAACCUGGUUCUCUAUCACUCUUCUUUCUCCCCUGGCUGGCCUGCCGACUCAUGGCCUCGCAGUUGCUGCGGGAGAUCCAAGCACGAUGGUGCAUAUCUUUGCAGCCGGGAUGAAUACUUGGAACGACGGCUCUAUAUAUCAUUUGGCUGCAGUGUGCAGCACCCUGGAUAUAUCUGUUCUUGGCCAGGGCAUCCGACAUGCCAAAGUGGUUUCCUCAGACAAUAGAAAGCAGACGGAAGAGCUGCAGCUGAAAGUAAACGAGCUGGUAGCCACCGUAAGAGAGGAGGAAAAAACACUUGGUUCUAUGAGCAGCAGAGUAGAUGAGCUCGCUGAGCAGUGGGAAGAUCUUACCCGCAGCAUAGAAGAUACCCACAGCAGUGUCAUGAAGCAGAUGGAACUGGUGCAGCAGCUAGAAGCACAGGCGGCAGCAUUCUCUGCUGAGCUAGCAGCAAGAGAAGCAGCAGCUACUGCAAAGUGUGAAGAACUGAACCGCCAAUUGGAAUACUUGCAGCUCAGAAUCGAUGAAACUGAACAGCUUUCACAAGUUGCAUCUUCUCGGCAGCAAUCUGCAAGUGAUGAUGGAGAUGAAGACGAAUAG